UGUGUUUCCUUUCAGUCUGAUACGCGUCAGACUCCUCCGUACUCCCCUCAGCCGUCUCCCUACAGCCAGGCAUCCGUCUCUCCGCAGAACAGCAAGCCUUCCUCUGCAUCCUCUACCUCCAAACCCUCCCAACCGCCCCAACCGCAGCCGCAGGUUCCACAGGUCCAGCUCCCCAUCUUCAGCUUUCCCCACUCCCACCCGGGCCAGUAUCACACCGGGCUCUCGGCGCUGGGCCUCCUGCCUGCCCACCCCCAGCAGCCGCCCCUCACCUCGGCCUCCUGGCCCAUCCACGGCCCUCUCAUCCAGGGCUCCGGGGUCUCCACCGCCUCCAGCCACCCGUCCUCUCCGGGCCUGAAGUUCGCCGUCCGGGGCGGCAGAGGCGGGCCAGCGGUGAGCCCCGCCCCAAUGAACCUGAACGACCCCAGCAUCAUCUUCGCUCAGCCGUCGACGGGACGGGCGGCUGGUGGAGUGGGCGGCGGCCCCGCCAGAGAAAGGGGGCACCCCUGGCACAAUCACCAUCUCAAUCCGGGGUCACUGGUGGGGAACGGCACCAUAAACAAGACAGAUCCUAAUUUCCCAUCUCAGUUUGGCGGUGUGAGUCAGGGCUCUCGGUCCUGGGAUCACAGCAGUGCUGCUCCGUAUUCGCUGUCUCCAUCCUUCAUGCCCUAUCGUCUGCCACCCUACCUGCAGCAGCCCAACAAACCCUUCAUCUCACAAGUGGAAAUUAACAAUGGAAUUUUCAUUUAA